AUGGAGCAAUCUUCCCUGAUGAAGGGGGCCAUAGCGAACUCCACCACCACAAAGCUGGAGGAAGAGGCCGCUGAGUGGGUGGUGGCAUUUCAUGAGAAGGAAGCUAUGGAAGUGGGAGAUAUAGAUGCCUUCCUGGAGGGGCUCCAGGCCAGAUUCAAAGACCCCCGCAAGCCUCCCGAACACAGCUUCAUGCCCAUCAACUACCAUCAGUUCCUGGCCUUGGUGUUUGCAGUCAGAGAGAUCAACAAGGAUCUGGUUCUCCUCCCCAAUAUCUCCCUUGGCUUCCACAUGUAUGACAAUAUCCAGUUUAGUACGAGAAUUUGCUUAAUCAGCCUCUUUCUGCUCUCCACACGUGACCAAAUGGUUCCAGGUUACAAAUGUGACCAGAAAGACUCCCUGCUCUCUGUCAUUGGGGGUGACAACCCCAAAUCCUCAAUGCUGAUGGCCUCCAUCUUCAGCAUCUUCAAGGUCACACAGCUCAGUGUUGACUUUGAAUCCGCUCAAGGAGACAGAAGAGUUUAUCCUUCCUUCUUCCAGACUGACCCCAAGGAAUCUGCUCAGUAUGAGGGUUUAGUCCAGUUGCUCCUGUAUUUCCAGUGGAAUUGGGUUGGGCUUCUGGCCAUUGAAGAUGAGAGUGGAGACCAUUUCAUCUCAACUCUGAUGCCGAUGUUCAAAGAGAAGGAGAUCUGCCUGGCUUUCACUCAAAUGAAGGUGCCCUUUGCCAGGUGUGGCAAGAACAGGUGCCAGGCAGGAGAGAGGAGAAGAGUUCCAGAGGGCGAGCAGGUCUGCUGCUACCAAUGUGCCUUUUGUCCAGAAGGGACCGUUUCUAAUCAGACAGAUGCAGCUUCCUGUGAUCCUUGCUCAGAAGACCAACACCCCAACAAGGACAAGGACCAUUGCAUUGCCAAGAAGAUCCACUUCCUUUCCUAUCAAGACACGCUGGGAUACACUUUAGUUUCUCUCACUCUUUCUCUCUCUGUGAUCACGUUGGCAGUUCUGGCAAUUUUCCUUAAGCAUCGUGACACACCGAUUGUCAAGGCCAACAACCGAGAUCUCACCUACAUCCUCCUGGUGUCCCUCCUGCUCUGCUUCCUCUGCUCCUUCCUCUUCAUUGGUCGGCCCAGGAAAUUCAGCUGUCUCUUCCGACAAACCGCCUUUGCCAUUCUCUUUUCCCUGGCAGUUUCCUCUGUGUUGGCAAAAACUGUCAUGGUGGUUCUGGCCUUCAUGGCCACCAAGCCAGGGAACAAGGCAAGGAAAUUCUUAGGAAAACCACUGACCAACUCCAUUGUCCUAGCCUGUCCCCUGGUCCAAGCCCUUCUUUGUGCCACUUGGUUAGUAACCUCUCCCCCAUUUCUCAACUUGAACUUCCACUCACUAGUAGGAGAGACCAUCUUGGAAUGUAAUGAAGGCUCACCUUCCAUGUUUUAUGCUGUCCUUGCCUACCUGGGUUUUCUGGCCCUUGUGAGUUUUAUCAUUGCCUUUCUGGCUAGGAAAUUGCCUGACAGCUUUAAUGAAGCCAAGUUCAUUACUUUCAGCAUGCUGAUCUUUUGCAGCGUUUGGGUCUCCUUCCUCCCCACCUACCUGAGCACCAAAGGAAAGUCCAUGGUGGCUGUGGAGAUCUUCUCCAUUUUGGCCUCUGGGGCUGGUCUCUUGGCUUGUAUCUUUUUCCCCAAAUGCUACAUUAUCCUAUUCAGGCCAGAUCUGAAUCAGAGAAAAAAUAUAAUGGGACAUUAG